AUGGUAGAGGCGAGCCGCGGGGGCGAGGCUGGUCGGUCCGCGGGGGAGCGAUACACGGGCCUGGACGUGGCGGAAGAGGAUAGCGGCUUUGAUGGCAUGACCGUGGGGAAGGCGCGGACGGGGAAGAAGAAGGGAAACAAGACCGAUCCCACUCAGGCACUCAUACCGGACCCCGAGAGCAUCCCGGCCGACAAGCAGGACGCCGCCAAGCGGGGCAUCGGCAAGCCGUGGCCGAUGACGGCGUGGCGCACGGACAAGCUCCGCGACAUGACGUACACGCAGUUCUGGAAGGCGACGGGCCAGGGCUUCGUGGACUACGUCGAGUACACCCCUGACAGGCGGUCCAUGCUGGUGCACCUCAAGGACGACACGCCGGGCGGGGCGCGCACGGAGCGCGUGGGCCUCCCGUACGACCCGGAGCUGUUCGAGCACCUCAUGGUCAACGGCGUCGAGAUCAGGGACCACGAGCUGAACGUGUGGGACACGGCGCUGUUCUCGAUCGUCCGUCUGAUGUUCCCGAUCGUGUUCUCGAUGUGGCUGAUCAAGUUCUCCUUCCGCCUGGGCCGCAAGCGCAAGCGCGACCGCAUCUUCGGCGGAGCGCGCCUCGAGCUCGUCUCGCGCUCCGACACGACCUUCGCGGACGUCGCGGGCAUCGAGCAGGUCAAGCAGGAGAUCAUGGAGAUCGUCCGCUUCCUGCAGAACCCCAAGCUCUUCCUCAAGUACGGCGCGCGGUCCCCGGCGGGCAUCCUCAUGGUCGGGCCGCCCGGGACGGGCAAGACGCUCCUCGCCAAGGCCAUCGCGGGCGAGGCGCGCGUGCCGUUCCUGUCGGUCGCCGGCACGGAGUUCUCCGAGAUGUUUGUGGGCGUGGGCGCGGCGCGCGUGCGCGACAUGUUCGCCCGCGCGCGCAAGAUGGCGCCGUGCAUCCUGUUCAUCGACGAGUUCGACGGCCUCGGGCAGCAGCGCUCGUACAACGCGACCGGCUCGGACGAGAGCGUCACCACCAUCAACCAGCUGCUCACGGAGAUGGACGGGUUCGACGACAACACGGGCGUGGUGGUGCUGGCCGCGACGAACCGCCCUGCGUCGCUCGACGAGGCGCUCACGCGGCCGGGGCGCUUCGACCGCCUCGUGCACCUCCCGCUCCCGAAUGCCAAGGGGCGCACGGAGAUCCUCAAGGUGCACGCGCGCGGCAAGUCGCUGGCGGGGGACCUGGACCUGGACCGGUUCGCGCGCGCGACGGCGGGGUUCACGGGCGCCGAGCUGAUGAAUCUGAUGAACCAGAGCGCGAUCCUCGCCGUGCGGCAGGGCAACGGCAUCAUCGACGACACCGUCAUGUUCGAGGCGCUCGAGAAGAUCCAGAUCGAGAAGUACGCGAUGAAGGGCGGAUCGUCCACCUCGAACUUCGAGACGGAGGCGGUGUCGAAGCUGACCCGCCGGCACGUCGCGGUGUACGAGGCUGGCAAGGCGCUCAUCGCGUACAUCACCCCGGGCUACGACGAGGUGUCGAAGAUCUCAGUGUGCCCCGGCGGCGAGCCCACGGGCCACACGUACAUGAUUCCGCAGGAGGAGCGCCUCGAGCUCAACAUCUACACCCGCGGCUUCCUCGAGUCGCAGCUCGCCGUGCUCCUCGCGGGGCGGUGCGCGGAGCGCCUGCUGCUGGGCGACGACUUCAUGUCGCUGCGGGGCGGCGGCGACGUCGAGAAGGCCAACAUCGUCGCGCGCGAGAUGGUGUUCCGGUACGGCUUCAACAAGCGCCUCGGCCCGAUGAUCCUCAUGGACAACGAGGAGCGCUACCUCGCGAACGACGUGUCGCGCGCGGUGUUGCCCGUGUCGGCCGCGCUGGCGCGCGCGGGCCUCCAGGACAUCACCGAGACGAUGGAGGGCGCGGAAGCCAAGGCCCUGUACGGGCUCUGCACGAACUGGAAGGCCCUGGAGGCGCUCGUGACGGCGUGCACCGAGCGCGAGGCGCUGACGGGGAAGGAGAUUACGGACGUGCUCGAGGGCGCGGGGGUGAAGCGGUUCCCGGACGACCGCCUCGAUGGCUUCGGCUUCGAUGCCGAGGGCAACGCGGUGUGGCCGGGCAAGGACAGCGGCACCAGCGAGGACGCGGCCGUUGCGGAGCUCAUGAAGGCGGCGAUGCCCGCUGCGCCCAAGGCCGGGAUGGCCGGGCAGCCGGGGACGCUCAAGGCGCACCCGCUGAACCAGUACGCGGUGCGGAGCGACUCGGGGAUCCUCGUGGACCAGGAGCGGCUGCUGCGGCAAAUGCGGCCGCUGGCAGGGAUCAACGGAGACGGGGCGGGGCUGAACGGCGACGAGAACUGA